UCGACGCGGUUGCUAAAGGGAAGCGGGCCGCAGAAGUGUGUCAGAUCGGGGGUUGGGAUCUCCAAACGCUGUGGUGAUGACUCUGGAGUCCAUGAUGGCCUGUUGCAUGAGUGAAGAGGCGAAGGAGUCCAAAAGAAUCAACGCCGAGAUCGACAAACAGCUCCGGAGAGACAAGCGAGAUGCCAGGCGGGAGCUCAAACUCCUCUUGCUGGGGACAGGCGAGAGCGGCAAGAGUACGUUCAUCAAACAGAUGCGCAUCAUUCACGGGACGGGCUACACCGACGAGGACAAGCGCGGUUACACCAAACUCGUCUACCAGAACAUCUUCACCUCCAUGCAGGCAAUGAUCCGCGCCACCGAGCACCUCAAGAUCCCAUUCAGAUUCGAAGACAACAAGAAAAACGCUCUGCUGGUGCGAGAGGUCGAUGUCGAGAAGGUUUGCUCUUUUGAACAGCCCUAUGUUGCUGCAAUUAAUAAGCUCUGGAUGGAUCCGGGCAUCCAGGAAGCAUACGACCGCAGGCGAGAGUACCAGCUCUCUGACUCCACUAAAUACUAUCUAAGUGAUUUGGAGCGUAUCUCAGACCCGUCGUAUCUGCCGACUCAGCAAGACGUGCUUAGGGUUCGCAUCCCUACCACAGGGAUUAUCGAAUAUCCCUUCGACUUGCAAAGCAUCAUUUUCAGGAUGGUGGACGUCGGAGGCCAGAGAUCAGAGCGCAGGAAGUGGAUUCACUGCUUUGAGAACGUCACAUCUAUCAUGUUCCUGGUUGCCUUGAGCGAAUACGACCAGGUCCUUGUGGAAUCUGACAACGAGAAUCGCAUGGAGGAAAGCAAAGCGCUGUUUCGCACAAUCAUCACCUACCCCUGGUUCCAGAACUCCUCCGUCAUUCUGUUCCUCAACAAGAAGGACCUUCUAGAGGAGAAGAUCCUGUGCUCUCACCUGGUGGACUAUUUCCCUGAAUUUGAUGGUCCACAAAAUGACGCCCAGUCAGCCCGAGAGUUUAUCCUGAAGAUGUUCGUGGACCUGAACCCGGACAGCGACAAGAUCAUCUACUCGCACUUCACCUGUGCCACAGACACCGAAAACAUCCGCUUCGUCUUCGCAGCGGUCAAGGACACCAUCCUGCAGCACAACCUAAAAGAGUACAACCUAGUGUGAAACAGAGAGCGAUUAAAAAAGAAAACAGCGAGACACCUGCAGCCCGAAAGCACUACACACCUCACAUGCAGAAACACCUUCACCCUCAUUAGGCACUGGAUCUCCACUUAGUCCUUUUCUUUGCCUGUUUUUUUUCCUCCCGUCCUGGUUGUCGACCCCUCCAGUUGAUAGCUUUAUCAUCUACUCUUCCUCCAACAACGAAGGCUGUGCUGCCAAACCGGUGCCUAAUGACAAAAGAGCACUUGUUUGCUCUGUAGACGGGCUGCAGGUGGGCUCUACCUGGUACGAACUUGACGAAAAGUCUUUGGUGUUCGUCCGUAACCAAGACUUGGGCGACAUUCGCGAAGGACUUCACCUCCAAUCACUGAAUAUAACCAAGUGUUAGUCGUGCGAUCACAUGCUUUAACACUAGAGGUGGAGGUGAUGAUUGAUUUAAUACUAUUUUAGGAGUGAUUUCCCAUCACUACUUGAGUACUUGGAGAAUACCUGUUGUUGUUUUUUUCUUCUGUAAAAUGAGGAACGAGUUACGAAAGUGGUCACAGUGUAAUUUCAGUCCCCGAAAACACCCAGUUCGCUUUGUAUCUGCUAAAUUUAUCAUUUAGGGAGCGAACUGUUUCCCACAUUUGCCAGUAUUGGGUGUUUAAUCGAGUCUAAUUAAAGGGAUCCAGCUAGUAUUCAAAGAUUUAGUAGUGGAAGAUUGUGAUUUGUUUACAUGGUUCGUCACAAAUCGGUUUUUGAAUCUGAAGGAAUCAAAUAAAACGCCUUUCCCAGUUGAUUCGUUCGAUAUCCAGUGAUUUGUAGACAUGUUCGUUUUUGUUUUUUUAACGCAGUACAACACAAAAGUGCUAUAUACGGUGAUUUUUAUUUAUGUAAUUUAUGGACCAGAUGUGUAAUUAAUCGGACUCCUUUUUUUCCGCGUGAGUGCACUACAACGAAAGCGGCAACCGAGUCCCUACUGCUGUAAAAAAAUAAAUCCAUUGGCAAGUGAUCUCUUUGGUAUUUCGUAAAUUGAUUGUCGCCAUUUUUUGUUUCUUGAAAACGGGAAGUUGAAUUUCCGUUUCAUAGACGUCGCUUUAUGCAAAUAGGAAAUUGAGAAUUUUAUCAGUGGUUGAAUUCUUGACUGGUCUCUGCUUGCGUUGUUUUUUUGAGAGCGCGCUCUCUGUUUCGUAGUACCAUAUCUUAGUUCUCGCUUCAUAUUUGGCUUUUUUAGAUUCUGUAGCUAUAGCUGGCUUUUUUUGGGGGGGUGGGGAGGGAGUAGUUACGGUGUAAUUCAGGUGAGUUUUCAUACUUUUCAUUACAAGGGCUAAUUGUGGGUGUUGAAUGAAAGGACUCUAUGAAGACUAUAGAGCAAUAGGUACGCAGAAGUGGGGAUGUGAAUCAGGGAUGGCGCCGGUAACGCCAUGGGAGUUGCCAUUUUUCCGUAGGUUCAGCUUGCAGUGCAUCCAGGGAGCCCCUUUUGUAAAGCCUUCAGAAAAAGUAUGCAAUUUCUUGCAGCAAUUUUACAUUGCUUCCGUAAGCUGAGGGAUUAAAUAUAAACGAUUUACUGAAUGGCGUUGGUGUCGCUGAUUUCUUUGCUCUGUUUGCUUUUGGGGGCCUUAGAAGUGUUGCCUUUUAGUUCCGUAAGAAUGCAAUUCCUUGCCACAACUUUGUUGACUCCGUCAUCUGGGGGAUAAAGGAUUGUGUUUUACUCUGGAGGUGUUGCGCAUUGUUCUCAAUGUUUGUUUUUGGGGACUAUGAUGGUAACGUUUUUGAGUCCCACAAGAACCCAUUUUUUUACCGCAACUUAGAUUCUGUAACCCGAGGGAUAUCGUAUAAACAUUAUACUCUGUGGCGAUGGUUUCAGACAUUUAUAUUUGGUAGUGGGAGCUAUGACAUUAUCAUGUUUAAGUCCCGCAAAAACAAAAUUUCUUUCUGGGUGUUUUGAUUCUGUAAGCUGUGGGAUAAACAAAUGAACGUUUAGCCAGUGAUUAUGUCGCACAUUUUUUUGCGAUGGUAUUUCUAAUUAGCCUCACAAGUAUGGAACAUCUUGCCACAACAUUAGAUGGGUUUCAAUUCUACAUGGUGAGGGAUGAAGCAUUAACAAUUUGCCCUGACUUUAGUGGCGCACUUUUUUGCGAUAGCUUUGGGGGUCUUGAUGGUGUUGUUUUUGUUGAGUCCCACAAUUAUGCUACAUCUCAGCGCUACUUCACAUGAGUUGUUUCGAUUCUGUAAGCUAAGGUAUGAAGUAUUAGCAUUUUACUUUGUCGCUCAUUUUUCAACGGUUUCGUUUUAGGGUCCGUGACGGUAUCACGUUUGAGUCCCAGUUUACACAUUUAACGUACACCUUUUUAGCCCAUCGGCUAUGCAUUUAUCGCACACUAGCACUCAUACAGUCUUAUUGGCUUUGUUGUUUCUGUUAUCGAAACAAAAUGGCUGCAAAUUGAAACGAUUUCAAAUCGAACGAUCGCUUAUUGUUGCAUUUCAUUCGAAUGUAUUUUUGAAGGUUCAUGAUGAAUUGCGUUGUUUUGUACUUUAUACACACAUUUUCACCCAAUCACAGCUGUAUAUUUGCUGAUUUCACUAUUCCUCAGCAAUCUUUAGUGCAUUUUAUGACUUGUUUGCCAAAUUGCGAAACUUCAGUUCGAUCCCCCCGUGCCAGGCCAGUUAAGCUGAUUUUUACUAUUUUUUUUUUUCCACUCAAAAUUUGCAUACCGUCAUGCUAGUGGGCGUGGCUUAACUCUCCAUUUUAAAGUGUAUGUUUACUUGGGUGGAAAGGUACUGUCAGUUGUCAUAUGCCAGAAUUUCAAAGGUUUCCUUGUAUGCAUAGCAGACUUGCAAAUUAUGACGCCGUUUCUGAACAUGUGAAGCUUGUAAAUAUGGCUUUCGUUUUAAAGGGCUAGGCCUAAUCUGAGAAACGCUUUGUUUUAUUAGUUUUUAACACUAAAGUCACUCUUUUUUGCGAACAUUAAAAUCAAAUUGCGUUAUAAAGCACUGCGUUCAAGGGUCAUUCUUAACAAGUUUUCCUCCCUGGGUUAGUUAAUGCACUGAAACUACUCGGCAGUAAUGGAGCUAACUCCGCUGGUGUGACCUAUCUGUUCCUCCAAACUUGUUCCUGGUACUCGAGAUGAGAGAUGCAGACACUAAUGAAUAGAAAUGACGCUUUGGCUUGACGUGAUGGAUGCGUACAAUAUGAAGCUAUCUUUACUUUCUUUUUUUCGGAUGUUGAUGCAUUACCUGAACACUUGUAUGUAGGACACUUUAAUAUAAUACAUUUGUUUUUGAUAAAGAUAAUUUUUUUGUGUAGUGGUGUAUAAAAUCAAAGUAUUGUAUUACUUUGUAAUGUAUUUCUUGUUCAGUUGGUUGCUCUUUUUUUUUUCUUUUUUUUUAAGCAUACCAAAUGUAAAUGAUGUACUAUAUUGAGUGUGCCAAUCCCUUUGAUUUGUAGAGCCAGACUCUUUACAAGUGCCAAUGUUGUGGAAAUCAUUUAAAAAAACAAAACAAAACAAAAAAAGGACUUGUGUAUUUUAUGGUCCGGUUUUUAAAAACAAAUAAACAUUAAGUAUGUGAUUAUGGUAAACACGCAACAGGAAGAGGACAAUUUUAUUCUGUAUUUAGGAUUAAAGAUUACAAACUGCUGUUUUUAAGAGAAAUGACAUUUUAAUUGCAUGUGUUUGUUUUCGGUGGAGAGGGUCGGGAAAAGAAAUCGUAUUAACGCGCAACCCUGCUGACAAAGGGGCUUAAUUAUUGUUCAUUUACAGUAUUUUAGACAUAUUUCUCUUUUUGUAUGUUUCAUUUCAACCACUGUUGCCUGAACCUCAUUCAUACAUGAAAAUGACUUUCAUAGCCUUCUCCUUUAAAGAAAAAAAUAUCCAUUUUAAAUUGGAAUAAAAUUUGUUCCUAUAC